AUGGCGAAAAAAAAAGGUCCAGGAAAACGGGAUAAAUUUACGAGUCCGUCUAUACAGAAUGAAAUUAUCGACGCUUGUUAUGAAAUUUUGACCCAAAAGGCAAUAUCUAAAUUCAAAACUGCAAAAUUUUACUCAAUUUUGACGGAUAAAACACAAGAUUUGACUACCAUCGAGCAGGUUACACUGUGCAUUCGAUAUGUGAGCGAGAAAAACGAAGGCCAUCAUAUUGUGUGUGAAGAUUUUUUGAGGUUUAUCCCAACAGAUACCACUACAGGCCAAGGAUUCGAUGAGGCAAGUAAUAUGUCCGGUCAAUAUAAACGUGUUCAGGCAAUUAUACGUAAUAAUUAUGCGCCUCAUGCUUUAUACGUCCAUUGUGCCGCACAUUCUUUGAAUCUUGCUAUAUCCAUCACUAGCAACGUACCAGCUAUCAGAGAUUGCCUCGGUACCCUUGAAAAUGUCUACAAUUUCUUGCAUACACCUAAAAGAAAACCCAUUUUGGAAAACACGAUUGAAGAAUCUGAUGAAACUCUGCGAACGAAAUCUUUAAAAAGAUUGAACCUGACUCGAUGGGUUUCGAAAUAUGAGGCCGUCAACGAUUUUUAUGAGUUAUUCCCAUUCGUUUACGAAACUCUAGAUGAAAUGAGAACCUCGGAAAAAGAAGCCAAAAAUCUGAAAAACGCCAUGGAUUUUGAAUUUUUAAUAUGCUUGCAUAUUAUCAAUGUAAUUUUUCAACUUUCGUUGCCUUUGAGUCGCGAAUUGCAAAGGGUUAAUUUAGAUUUGGUUCAAGCCAUGGAUCUCGCCAAAGAUUUGCGCGAGGAAGUAAAAAGGAUUCGCGCAAAAGAAGACGCUUUUUAUGAAAUUUACGAAGCUUCGAAAAAAAUUGCUGAAAAUCUUGACAUUGAGAUCAAACACAAAAGAAUAGCGCGUAGACAAAAAAAUCGGGCAAAUCCUGAAGUUCAAAGUACGAAAGAUUAUUUUCAUGUGACAGUGUUCAAUCCUUUCCUAGAUUUUUAUAUCAUGGAUCUUGGAGAAAGAUUCACUAAACAUGAAAAUAUCUUAGAAGGAUUUUCGGCUCUUUUCAAGCACGAUUUGAACGAAAUCGAAAAAGUAGCUGAUAAAUUCAUCAAGACAGUCGAGUUUUAUCAGGAAUUUCUCACUGCGGGGCCACAUGCUGUUCUUGUCGAAUUAGAAGUGUGGAAGGGAUAUUUAAUUCGUAGAGGCGAUAUCAAACCUGGAAACUCAUUGGAUGCGCUUGAUCAUUGUCCAGAAGAAAAUUUUCCGAAUAUCAAUGUAUUGCUGAGGAUAUUAGCUACUUUACCGGUAUCGACAUCUACUGCAGAACGCACUUUCUCAAGUUUGAAACGGAUAAAGACGAUUCUGAGAAAUACGACAAAAGAAAAUCGCUUGAAUCGAUUGGCUGCUCUGGCUAUUCAUCAUGACAUUGCAAUCACAGCUGAUGAAGUCAUAGAUGAGUUAUCGAAAAAAUCCCGAAAACUUGGUUUCCUUCUUUAA